GGCGAGUAUAAAAGUCGGGGAUUUGCCUUGUUUUGUCACAGAAUCAUCCGGCUUCUAACACAGCUCAGACCUUCCUUCGUUCACUGCCCACAACGCUCACCGAAAACUGCAAGAUGGCUCUUCGAUUCACGCUCACUCUGCUCCUGGUCACGAUCCUGGUCGCAGCCAUACUUUUGGGCUCCAGUGAGGCAGCCUACAGGAAGCCUCCGUUCAACGGCAGCAUCUUCGGCAAACGCAACAGCCUAGACUACGACAGCGCCAAGAUGAGCGCCGUUUGCGAGGUGGCCAUGGAGGCGUGUCCCAUGUGGUUUCCCCAGAACGACAGCAAAUAGGACCACGCCCUGCGACUCCGCCUCCAAGAACUGAUCUCGAGCCUACGACUAACACACCAGCGACAGGUGGGCAGAUGCUGUGCCUGCUCGUGCGACUGAAUGUGGAAAUGCCGGACGUUAAAAAAGUCAUGUAUAAAAUUUAUAAUGUAAGCCGUGCAUAUAGGUACAUAGAACUUAUGCCAUACAUAUACAUACAAUACUCAAUAAACUUACAGCACUGAA